UCUCCGCAUCUGCUGCACCUUAUAAUAAAUCUCUCUCUCUCUCUCUCUCUCUAAGAUAGACAUAUAGUAAUAAUCAUCAAGCAUCCAAAAUUUAGCAGUCUCAUGGAAGCAAUCACUCUCCCAUGUCAACCUUGUGCAAUAUUUCAUAUGCUACCCUAGCAUCUUCAAGCUGUCAACCCUUCCAAAACCCUCUUUCCUCUCUAAAAUCCCACCUUUUUUUCUUCUUUUCAUUUCAUCACCUCAAUCUCCAUGCUCUCCCUUCUCUUCCCUUUUCUCCCCCACCAUGGCUUCAAGGCUUUUUCAUUUGUUUAGCACCAUUCUUUGGCUCUCUCUUUUCUUGUUAUUCUUUCAUGGGUGGUUCAACACCAGCAUCCACAGCAACCACACAUCUCUCUCUCAUCACCAUCACAGUACUUUGAGCAGCAGGAAAGCAUUGAGUAGCAAAAUCGACUUCACCGCCUUCCUCCGCCACCGGCAUCAGCGGCCUCACCGCCCUAGUCAAGCCCCCGUGCAGCCCGGAGCUGAGAUCGACCCGCGUUAUGGUGCUGAAAAGCGCCUUGUCCCAACUGGUCCAAACCCAUUGCACCAUUGAGGUUUUGAUCUUGAUCUUGUUGUUGUAAUCUUCUUAAUUUAUUCUUCCAAAAAAGAA